UUCCUACAUCGUUUACCAUGUGCUGUCGUAUCUAAGAAUAAUUUUCAGAGUAUUUGUAUAUUCGUACCAUUUUAUAAUACACAAUGUUGCAGUUUAGAAACGUAUUAGCUUCUGUUGGGAAGUUUAGAUUUAAUUUCGUUGAUCCUUCUUGGGCGGAAGCGGGGACGCCAAAGAUGUUUAGCUGGAGAUGCCGUUUUUCUCGCCUACGAAAUCUUAAUACUUCAUCAAAAAACUACAGCAACUUUCAGCAUGGAAAGAGGCCGCGCUCCGAUCUCAUGAAUGACUCCAUGGAGAAGACGAUCAAGCGGAUUUCCAUUGAGGGCAAUAUCGCGGCUGGAAAGUCGACCUUCGUCCGCCUACUGGAGCAGGAGUGCGCCGACUGGGAGGUAGUACCCGAGCCCGUCGCCAGGUGGUGCAAUGUGCAAACGAGCGGCAGCGACUUUGAGGACCUGACGUCAUCGCAGCGUAGCGGCGGCAACGUGCUGAAGAUGAUGUACGACAAGCCGGAGCGUUGGGCGUACACCUUCCAGAGCUACGCCUGCAUCAGCCGCGUGCGCGCCCAGAUCUGCUCGGCCAACGGCAAGCUGCGGGAGGCCGAGAACCCCGUGCAGUUCUUUGAGCGCUCCAUCUACAGCGACAGGUACAUCUUUGCCGCCAACCUCUACGAGAACGAGUGCCUGAACGACACCGAGUGGGCCAUUUACCAGGACUGGCACGGCUGGCUGCACAGCCAGUUUGGCCGGCACAUCGAGCUGGAUGGCAUCAUCUACCUGAGGGUGCCCCCAGAGAAGUGCUUGGAGAGGCUGCACCUGCGCGGCCGCAAGGAAGAGCAGGAAAUUCCUCUGGAGUAUCUGGAGAAACUCCACGUCAAGCACGAAAGCUGGCUGCAGCACAAGACCAUGACGACGGACUUUGAGUAUCUGGCCAACGUGCCGGUGCUGACGCUGGAUGCCGCCGAAGAGUUCAAAGGCAACAAGAGCAAGAGUGCCGACAUGAUGGAGAAGGUGAAAGAGUUCCUGAGUACCUUGUGAGGAAGCAACCGCAGACAAGGCAAACAAGGGAGGAAUAGAACCUUUUAAUAGUUUUAUCGCACUAUGUGUUUUUAUGAUGAUAUGCCGCUGCAGUGACUAUAUUUUUUUUAACCACUUAUGUAUAUUUAUAAUUAUGUGUGUGGCUCACAGCCUGAAAUAAACUUAUACGACCAGU